CCAUAUAAUCAUGAGUCAUGUGUGUGGGCAGUAUAAAUUAACUCCAGGGUUUGGUUCCCACAACCUCCACUUGCAUAUUGUGUGACACCUGAGCAUGCCUUCGCUCUGCUGCAGGAUGGUCCCUGCAAAAAGCUGGUAUUAAUGAGUCUGUCCUGGUAUUUAUGGCUGAUUCUGCACUACUUUAAGGAUUAACUGAGUGGAAUGCUUGUAUUAUGCUUCACGUCUCUAAGAACUGGUUUAGGAACUGGACACAAGAAGUCCAUUAGAUACUGUACCAUAUGGCUCAGACUGCGACAACCUUCCUCAGCACCACUCUGCCACAUGGCUUGACUGACAAAAUACCAGCAUCAGAUUCAGCUCCUCAGCCUGACCACCUAGAUAAAGCAAUUAUUGGAGGUGCAUUGGCAGUGGUUUUCAUUACGUUGCUGUGUGUUGUGGUGUUGAUUUUUGUCUACUUGUACAAACACAAAGGCAGCUAUACCACAUAUGAAACAGAACAAAGAGGAACAGGAAGUGAAGAAGAAGGGGUCACAGAAACAAUGCAGCUGAAGGAGGAAGAGGAAUCCAUUCAGGAAGCCCAUAAGGAACAUUUUGUUUAACUGUGACAAGUGUAGAGUCAUUCUGCUUGCUCAUUGUAUAGUUUUUUUUAUAAGAAUGGAACCUACACAGGGCAGCAAUAUCUGAAAUAGAACCAAUAUAACCAAAUGACUAAGCCGCUAUGCAUUUCUUUUUUAAGUUAAAUGGUGCAGGUGGAAGUCUUGUUCUUUUAAACAGAAAAAUUAUCAGACAGCUCAUAAUACAGCAUUGUAUUUCAUAAACAUUAGAAUUAAAAAAAAAUAAUUGGAUUACUAAACCUAAAGUGCACUUCAAGGGUGUCAUGUGGAAACAUGGAAGAUGUGCACUUUUAGUCAAAUGUUUGAUGGGGUGCAACUUAGUCGUUGGUUUGAUUAUGUCUCUGCACUGCUGCUUUCUUUUCUUCUCAGUAUGAUGUCCAUAGAAUAUAUACUGGCAGCAUUCUUUAAACAGUAACAUGUACUAUUUCAUGCAAUACUAAAUGUUACUACAGAUAUCCGAGUACCAGGAGGGUGACUCAUGAGACCGUAUAGCUACUUUUGUCAUCAGUAGAAUAGCGCGAAUAAAUGCAGGGUUUUGAUAUUUAGCUGGCACUUAAAUAUCAUUGCCAAUCCUUUUUUACCAUUUUGCUUUUUGAAGGCUGAUAGUGUGAACAAUCUAAUUUAUUUUAUCAAACACAUAUCUUUAGCCUCCACAUUAUUCAGUGUUCCAGUGUCCCUUCUGUAUCCCAAUGUCCCUUUGCUGACUGAAUUAAUACAAUUUUUAAGAUAAAACACUUGUUCUGUUAUGUAAAAAAAAAAGUUCAGUUUAACUGGCAAAUCACCAACAGGGAAAUUAUAACAUAAAUAAUGAAACUAUUAAAAGAAAUGUUUUAAACGUUGUUCUUUGCAAAUUCAGAGCAUGCUUAGGUUUUUAUUUUGUAAAGAUCAUAUUACUGAAUUGCCUUGCGAAUACAAAAAAAAGUCAUGAAAUAAAACUCACUGCCAUUUUGGUAAAUUGA